CAGAGGAUUCACACUGGAGAGAAGCCAUAUCAGUGUUCUGAAUGUGAUAAAGCUUUUAAAUGGAAGUCACAUCUUAUCAGACACCAGAUUGUUCACACUGGAGAGAAGUCAUAUCAGUGUUCUGAUUGUGAUAAAGCUUUUACACAGAAGUCAGAACUUAUCACACACCAGAGGAUUCACACUGGAGAGAAGACAUAUCAGUGUUCUGAAUGUGAUAAAGCUUUUAAAUGGAAGUCAGAUCUUAUCAGACACCAGAGGAUUCACACUGGAGAGAAGCCAUAUCAGUGUUCUGAAUGUGAUAAAACUUUUACACAGAAGUCACAUCUUAUCAGACACCAGAGGAUUCACACUGGAGAGAAGUCAUAUCAGUGUUCUGAAUGUGAUAAAACUUUUACAGUGAAGUCACAUCUUAUCACACACCAGAUGAUUCACACUGGAGAGAAGCCAUAUCAGUGUUCUGAAUGUGAUAAACUUUUACAGAGAAAGUCAAAUCUUAUCACACACCAGAUUGUUCACACUGGAGAGAAGCCAUAUCAGUGUUCUGAAUGUGAUAAAGCUUUUACAGUAAAGUCACAUCUUAUCAGACACCAGAGGAUUCACACUGGAGAGAAGCCAUAUCAGUGUUCUGAAUGUGAUAAAGCUUUUACAGUAAAGUCAAGUCUUAUCACACACCAGAGGAUUCACACUGGAGAGAAGCCAUAUCAGUGUUCUGAAUGUGAUAAAGCUUUUACAUGGAAGUCAUAUCUUAUCACACACCAGAGGAUUCACACUGGAGAGAAGCCAUAUCAGUGUUCUGAAUGUGAUAAAGGUUUUACACGGAAGUCAUAUCUUAUCGCACACCAGAGAUUGUUCACACACCAGAGGAUUCACACUGGAGAGAAGUCAUAUCUGUGUUCUGAAUGUGAUAAAAUUUUUACAGUGAAGUCAAAUCUUAUCAGACACCAGAGGAUUCACACUGGAAGAAAGUCAUAUCAGUGUUCUGAAUGUGAUAAAAGUUUUACAAAGAAGUCACAUCUUAUCACACACCAGAGGAUUCACACUGGAGAGAAGCCAUAUCAGUGUUCUGAAUGUGAUAAAGCUUUUACACUGAAGUCACAUCUUAUCACACACCAGAUUGUUCACACUGGAGAGAAGCCCAUUUUAAUGCUCUCAAUGUGA